CUCUCUAGAGAACUGACUAUAAGGCUAUCUGCUUGCAUUUCUUCUCUAGCUAGCAAUCUCUCGCUACAAAAACAGGGAGGGAUCGAGAGGGAGAGAUAAAUAAUCAAGCAAAUCUCUUGAGUUCUGAGCUAGCUAGCUUGUGAUCCAUAUACAGUUAUAUAUACGCUGCUCACUGCAUAUAUAUAUAGUGCAUACCCAUGGCGACGACGGCGAGGAAGGUGUCCGUCUCCGUCUCCGCCAUCCUGCUAGUGCUGGCCGUGCUCUCCUGCCUCCUCCUCGUCCACGCGGCAGGCAACCGGAGGGCUCUGCUGCCGAGGGAGACACCAGCCGACGACACCUACGCCGGUGGUGGUGGUGGUGGACAGGUGUUGCCGACGACGGGGGACGAGGAGGCCGCCGUGCUGGGAUUGGGAGGUGACCUCGUCGCCGACGACGAGGAGACGAUGGAUACAGCAGCCGCCAGGAGGGCGGGGCUGCUGCAGACUCAGGACUACCCGGGGUCCGGCCCCAACGGCCGCCACGAUCCGCGGAACCCGCACUGAUGAGCUGCUGCUGCCUCCCUGCUUGUACAACCUGCACAACACGUAUAGUCGUGUAUAGACCUAUAACGUAUUAUACGCAUGUUUAUCACACCAUAAUUUUGCAUAUAAAAUACUACUUAGUUUACAUAUGAAGGAAACAUGAUCUAAAUUAAUUUAAUUCAUCUCGUGGAAAUGACAACCCAUAAGCCUAGCAUGCAUGUAAAUGUACUUGCAUCGUGUUAGUUUUCAAGUACUAGUAUAGUAGUUUGUGAUCAAUCCUAGCUAGUUGGAGGUUCAAUAGCUAAGUUAGAAUUAAGCAUGUGGGUACGUACAUGUGUCAUCAUCUGUACUCCCCGAGACCAAUAAUGAAUAAAUCAAAAACGGUUGUUUUUGUAUCUA